AUGGCGACUUUACGAUUAGCCUGGCAGUCUCUCAGAUCGCGACCAGCGCUCAUUUCGGCCGGCGCAGUCAUUGGAUUUGGAACAUAUUAUAGCACGCGAUUCAUGUCUACCGGGCAUGCGGAAUCAGCCCAGAAACCGAAGGUGUUUGGUGAAUUUGGCCCCAAGACGCUGCGAUUGCAGAGUGUUGAUCAGGUCAACCACAACACGAAGCGACUUGUCUUCGAAUUCCCUGAUAAGAAUGCCACAAGUGGUCUAACGUUGACUUCUGCCCUCCUCACGUACUCCUGGCCCCAGGGCCGAUGGCUGCCCGUUCUUCGACCGUACACACCCAUCAGCAAACUAGACCAAGAAGGAUCCAUUGAACUAAUGGUAAAACACUACCCAAACGGCAAAGCCAGCACCCACCUCCACUCCCUCGCACCAGGCGACACUCUCACCUUCAUGGCCGCACUAAAAGGCUACGCCUGGACACCAAACAAAUUCUCCCAAGUCUACCUGAUCGCAGGCGGGGCCGGAAUUACGCCCAUCUACCAACUCGUCCAAGGGAUCCUGGACAACCCCGAAGACAAGACGAAAGUCAACCUGAUCUUCGGCGUGAAUACAGAGCAGGACUUGCUUCUCCGGGACGAGCUCGAGAAGUACAGACAGCAAUUCCCGGAUCGGUUCGAUUACGUUUAUACGGUCAGCCACUCACAAGAAGAAGGCUCAAAUAUUCGUAAAGGUUAUGUUACGGAGGAAUUGCUGAAGGAUGUGGUGAAGGGGCCCAGGCAGGAUACUCAUGUUUUUGUUUGUGGUCCACCAGGGAUGGAAGACUCGUUGAUUGGGUCGAGGAAUGAGCUCGGGAUUUUAGGGCGGUUGGGGUUGGGGAAGGAGCAGGUUUAUAGGUUUUAG